UGUGAUCACAGUACAAUUUGGGCUGCCGAGAUGGUCCACAACCAGGACAUGCCGGUCGCCAACGUGCUCUGCGCUCGGCGAGAGCUUUCGCAGAACGCUGCGCUUCUAUUGGAGAACCUCCGCGGCUCCAAGGGCAUGUGCCACGUCACAAGCCCCCGCGCAUUUGCCCAUCUCGAGUUCAACGCGAAAAAGGCCAGCCAAGUUGCCGAAAUGCACGGCAAGAUAUCGUAUGAGAAUGCGCUCCUCAUGGAAAAGAUGGCGCACAUCAUGGUCCCGUCGGCCAAGAGCCUAAAGAGCGCGACGGCGUUUGCACCAGGCACAUGCAUUGACGCCAACAUGCUACCAAAGAUCGACAACCACAACAAGUACACCCUUGUGUCCGGCUACGAGCGCAACCGAGUGCGGCAGAACGCCCGCAUCGCCAAGGAAAACGAGUUGUACCGCAAGCGCAUUUUGGCGCAGAAACCCACGUACUCGGUGCAGGCGUUUGAGGCCUCGAAUGCCGCCAAGAACGUCCAUCUCCAGCGAAUACACAAACAGCUCAUUACGUCGUCGCCGACGCCGACGCAGUUGAAAGCCGACGCGGUUCGCGAGGCCAAUGAAGUCAAGCGGGCGGCGCUGCGGACGCACAUUUACCGUCCGCAUCGCGUGGACACGACGUCGCUCGAAACACUCGACCCGUUCGUUCGCAACCAGACGUGUAUUUGCAUCGACAACUUUGAGCCGCGGCCACCGAUCACGAGCGGAAACCAAGCCCCCCGCCGCCCCCCCGGGCGGCAACCCGCUCGACCGAGUCGCCCCGAGCCCCCGACGUUCUUCUUAGCGAGACAGAGCUCGCAGCCAGAAGACUCGGAACUCGAGCUCAUUUUGACCGAGAACGAGUCGAUUCCUGUGCUUUCGUCGCCGCGACCGAGCCCAGCACCGGUGAGCCCGCAAACGUCGGUUGCCGACGACCUCUCGCCGCUCGAGACGCUGAGUUCCAUGACUCUCUCCGACCGCGACUACUUGCACGCGGACUUUUCGCUUGAGUCCAACUAGUUGACAACCAAGGACAAUUCUGUACACAAAAUGCGUCGACAACAAGGAGCUUUGGGUGCGCGAUCCCAAGUA